AUGCCAACAAUGUCUGAGGGUCGCAGUAAGACGAAACAGAAUUUUACCAGCUAUGUAAAUCAGGUUCCGGAAGAAAACUUUGUCAAUGAUGACUAUAAACCAAAGUUACUGUCAGGGGAACUAGAGGCUGCUCGUGCUAAUAACGUAUGCAUGUACAUUGCAUCCUACCUCAAAGAUGGGAAGGUGUACGGUGAAAAAACGGGAAUCUUGCUGAUCACUAACUUUCGGUUAUCUUUCAUAUCAUUGGACAUGGAAGACGAACAGCUCUCGUUCCAGAGUAAUCGAUUCCUUGGCUCAUCAGAUGUGUCACUUUCUAAUAUCGACAGAAUUUAUCAGUAUGUUGAUAAAAAGAAAAGAAUUAUAAGUCCACAGUUUAAGAAUAGCAACAAGAUCGACAAAAUACGCAUCGUGUGUAAGAACUUUAAAACUUUUACAUUCGGUUUUCAACUGUCGGAAAUAGGAAAAGGAAAAUACAUCGCGGAUGCACUCCUAAAGUUUGCCUUUCCCGCACGGCAUAAUUUAUUGUUUCUGUAUCGGUUCAAGGAGAAGUACUACCGCAGCCCCAUGUGUGAGAAUGUAACAAUGUACGACAAGAAAAUGGAUUGGUCCCAAGAACUGCAACGAUGCAAUGCAACCGGCGGUUGGCGCGUAUAUUCAAAGGAUUGCCGAGUCUCUAAUAGCUCCUUACCGAUGCAUUUCGUGGUUCCAAAGCACCUCAGCGAUAUCGAGUACGAUAACAUAUCGAAAAGCUUUCGCAAUAAUCGUUCGGCUAUUUGGGUAUGGGGCCUUAAGGAUGCGGCACUGGUUCGCUUAGCCGAACUUAACCCUGAUAUUACUAAUACGACGGUAGAAAACAUUUUGCUGGAACACGUGCGCCGUUGCGAUCCACAGAAGAGACAACCGAGGUUACUGGAGUUGUAUAAAAUUUUGCCUAGCAUACAGGAUGUCAACCUUAGCUACAUCAAAUUGCUCGACCUUUGCACUCCCGACACCGAUCAACAAUUUAUGGCGCAGGAUGGACGAUUUUAUACACUGUUGGAAAAAAGUUACUGGCUCUUUUACGUGUCGCUGUGCUUGAAACAUUCAGAUAUGGCAGCCAAAUUAUUGCGUGAGGGGCAAACUGUAGUGCUGCAGGAAAUUAAUGGGCGUGAUAUGAGCUGCGUGAUAUCGAGCUUGGUGCAACUACUUCUGGACAGUAGUUAUCGCACGAUACAAGGCUUUCAAAGCCUAAUUCAAAAGGAAUGGGUGAUACUUGGGCAUCCGUUUAGCGAUAGGUUGGGACACGUGCCUACGGUGAAAGUAACCGAGCGCAGUCCUUUGUUCCUUUUGUUUCUCGAUUGUACAUGGCAGCUGUUGCAACAGUUUCCGGAGGCUUUCGAGUUUUCGGACGUUUUCCUAACCACUCUGUGGGAUUCUCUGUUCCUUCCCAUUUUUGACACGUUUCAGUUUAACUCUGAAACCGAGCGAUACCAGGCACUGAACGCUGAGCACGUUGUGCUGCGACCGGUUUGGGAUUGGGAAAAACAAUUCGACAAUAAAGAUCUCGCCUUGUUUACAAAUCCACUGUAUCAGGCGAAAAUGCGACAAGCGGUACUAGCAGUGCAAAGCAAUAGUAAUAGUUCUUCCAGCCCGCAAACUCCAAUCGCUAGUUCUUUGUUUAGUGCGCGACGACCAGAUGAAUCGAAUGGGCGUUCGGUGCCUAAUGGUGCCGGCAAGCUACAAUUGUUAAAGCAUGAUGAACAGUUCCUAGAACCGCAAUGCUGCCUGCGUGAUAUCGAACUUUGGCAACAGUGUUACUUUCGCUGGAUGCCCCAUCUUGAAAUUAAAUACGGUGGCAUCGCACAGUGUGAUCUGUUGAAUCGAUUGCUGUUGGGUAAAAUAUACAAACUUCGACAGGAUCUCGGUCAAUUGGUAACAUCGGACCCCUCUAAUGAGCAAGUGGAAGAUUUGGAACAAAUUCUAUCAACGAUGAUAGUACAAACACGUGAUCCAGAUGUGGCUUCCGAUGCAUCGUUGGCAAUUAGUUCGUUCUUUCCAUUUUCUAGCAUAGUGCCGACAGCACAAUGCACGGAGCUGUUGAUAGCGAGCAAUGAUAUAAAUUUUUCACACGAUUCAAUGUAUGAUACGUCUUCGUUAAACGACUGA